AUUUUUGCCACCAAAUGUUUUACAUAACUUUCUUUUUAGCAAUACUAGUAUUUAUCAUUUAUACAAACACUAACAUCAUGGCCGAAUCCAACAAGAAACUUACCCAAGAAGAACGCGACCAACAAUUGUUUGAUCCUAACAACAUGAUGGUUAACAUGGGCGGCAAACUGGUUCCAUUUUCUAAAAUUAACAAACCUCACCAUGUUGUGAUCCAACCAAAGGACCAUCAACCUCAAUUUAAUGCUGAGAGUUUCCCUGAUGUUGAGCCAGAAGCCAAGGAAAGAGAAGCUAAGCUUGCUGCUGCUAGAAAUCAGUAGGCCAAUUUUUUAUUGACCACUGUUUGUGUGUGAUCACUCCUGACAGGUUCAGAUCUAGAGUGAAAAGACAAUACACUCUCUCAAUUUCUAGUUCAUAUACAAAAGAGGAAAAGAAAAGGAAGAAAAAAAAACAUACAAAUAUACUUCAAUUGACCGAAGCAAUCAAAACAACUCUUUCUAUUUCAUCAUUUCCUUUGAAUACAAAUACUUAUGAUUA